AUGAGUAAUCUGCCUCUAUCAUCUGCCACGCCAAAGUCCGCAUGGACUCCUCAAGUACAACCAGCAUCAGCAGUUCAGUCUAAUGCAAUUGCUUCUCCUCAGAUUAUUUCACCUGGACCAUCGGUUGUCCCAAAACCGACGCCAGAUCAACGAGCACCAUCUCAACCUGAACCAUCAGCGGUUCCAAAACAAGCCUGGGCUUCAAGAUUUUCUCCUCAAUCGACAGCCUCGGUUACUCCGAAACCAGCAGCACAAAAAUUCGAGCCAUCGGCUAUUCCGAAAGCGACAGUGAAUCCCUUGUCUCAAGGAGCCUAUCGUACUGAUCGUGCUACCAGUGCAUUUCCAAUGGUAAGAGAAUCGAUUUCAAGUUUAACGACGAAGAAUUCUGGUAUUUCUUCGAGACAAUCACGAUCUCAAAGUGUUAUCUCAAACAGAGGAGGAGGAGGAGGACGACGCCUUUUACUUUCCGCUGUCCCUGAUACGGCCAAUUUAACUCCAAUGCUUCGUCCAGAUGCGGGUGGAAGCAAAGGUCGACCGAUCUCUAUCUACACCAAUCAUUUUCCAGUUCGGAUUGAUUACGAUGCAACGGUCAAUCAAUACGAUGUGGAAAUAAUGUUGAUUGAUCAAUAUGGUAAUCAACGUGCAGCUCGAAAAGAUGAACGUUGGAAAGUAAUGCAAUUGAUUGCUCAGAAAAAGAAAGAUUUUCCUGCUGUUUGGUACGACGAAGGUAAAACACUAUAUACGCGUGAAUUAUUAUCAGACAUAACAGAACCGAUUCGAGUACCAAUGGAACGAGAUGCUCAAAUGAGAACAUUUCAAUUGACAAUCAAAAAUCUUGUUCGACAGGAAAAGAUGAAAAAUAUUUUGAAAUUUGUCAAUAAAGAACUUCACACUCGACCACGAGAAGCAGUUCGUGUUAUUGAAACACUUUUCAAACAACGUGCUCGAAAUGAGCUCGUCUGUGUUAAAAAUCAAUUCUACAAUCGAAAACAAAUGCUCGAUGAUCUUCAGGAUGGACGAGGAAUGGCCAAAGGUUUUUAUCAAGCUCUGUUUCUAACCCGACUUGGUCCAACACUCAAUGUUAAUCUGACAUUCACUUGUUUUUAUAUGCCAAUGAAUUUUAUUCAAUUUGCUUGUCAAUAUUUACGUGAAGAUAUUACAAAAGGACUUCCAGAUUACAAAGCCAAAGCAUUCAGACAAAUCAUCCGAGAUCUUCUUAUUGAAACUGAACAUACUACUCGAAAUAUUCGUUAUAAGCUUCAUGGAUUCGGUCGUCCUGCUAAUAAGUUGGGGUUUACUCCUCGUGAGACUAAUGAAGAAACAUCAGAUGUAGCGUCAACCUUACAGGAAAUUACUGUUGAGAAGUAUUUUGAACAAAAAUACAACAUCAAAUUGAAAUAUCCAGAUUUACCCUGUAUCGAUGCACGAAGUGGAUCAACGAAAAGAGCGAAUUAUCUACCGAUGGAAGUGAUCAAAGUCGUCGAAUGGCAACGGGCAUUGAAACCGUUAGAUACAACUCAAAGAGCUCGUAUCACCAACAAAUCUAUUAUCAAACCAGAUCAACGAUAUAAGGAAAUCAUGAAUAUCAUGGAUUUCCGUGACUUCGAAAAAGAUCCUUAUCUAAAACAAUUAAAUAUUCAUGUUGAUAAGAGAGAAAUGCUGCAAAUCAAAGGUAUUCAUCUAUUAGAAAUUGAUUUUGAUUAUAAAUUGUCAUUGAUCAUUUGUUUUUCAGCACGAAUUCUUAAUCCACCAGAAAUUCGAUUUCGUCAAGGUCAAGGUCAAAAUGAAAUUGUCGAAUCUGUUAACAUCGGCAAAUGGAGAAUCGGUCGAAACCGAUUCCAUCGAGCACCGGAAAUUAAAAGUUGGGGUUUGAUCUAUUAUGGCCAUCAUCCAAAUAAACAGAUGAAUAAAACUAUCAAUGAUUUCGCUAAUCAAUUACCUGAAUUGUUGAGACGCAAAGGAUUUAUCAUUCGACCAGACUUGAAAUUAGUUCCAAUCAUCGAGACAUCCAAUAUUGAAAACUCCUUGACCGAAGGAAGCGAAAAAGGUUGGCAAUUGGCUAUUGUCAUUCUCAAUACGAAUGCUAGUCAAAGCUAUAAUGAUGUCAAACAAAUUGGUCAUCAGAAAUUAGGCUUACGAACACAAUGUAUCGAUUGGAAAACAUUGUGUAUAAAUAUGGAUAAACUGCAUAUGUAUGUGGAAAAUCUUAGUCAAAAGAUCAACGUCAAAUUGGGUGGAAUCAACAGCAUCGUCUGUACGAAAUUAGCUUUGACUCGAUCAUCUCAAAACGAUCUCUUUAUGUUCUUUGGAGCAGAUGUCACGCAUUCCACUUCGUCGACUGACCGUCCAUCGGUAGCAGCAGUGGUCGCUUCUCGUGAACUGACUAGUAGUCUCUAUGCUGCUCGAUUUUGUGAACGUAAGUUGUUGAUUAUUGUCCCACAUUCUGAUCAUAUUUAUUGUUUUGUUUCUCCUACAGAAUAUCCAAAGAAAGGUCGCUGUUCAAUUGAAAUUAUUAAAGAACUAGACAAAAUGGUGGAAGAUUUACUUCGAGUCUUUGCUGGAACAUGUAACGGAUAUCUACCGAAUAAAAUCGUCUUUUAUCGUGAUGGUGUUGAUGAAGGCCAUUUCGAAAAAGUCCUUGGCAAUGAAGUGAACAAAAUCAAAGAGGCUUGUCGAAGUAAAUUUUUAUCAUGUUGA